AUGGCUUCUCUUACAAUGCUGACAAGAAGCUUUGCAUGCACUACUUUUCUCUUGUGUGUCACGGUUUAUGGGCAGCUCUCUUCAACCUUUUACGCCAACUCAUGCCCGCAAGCACUAUCAAUCGUGAAUAACAUAGUACAGCAAGCCGUAAACGAAGACAAACGAAUGGGUGCGUCGUUACUGCGCCUUCACUUCCACGACUGUUUCGUCAAUGGCUGCGAUGCCUCUGUACUACUGGAUGACAAUCCAAAUUUUGAAAGUGAAAAGGGCGCUAGACCAAAUCAAAAUUCAUUAAGAGGCUUUGAUGUGAUAGAUAAUAUCAAGACCCAGCUUGAGAAUGUUUGCAGAGAAGUGGUUUCCUGUGCAGACAUUUUAGCUAUAGCUGCUCGUGAUUCAGUUCUCCAGCUGGGAGGUCCAUCGUGGGAAGUAAUGCUGGGAAGGAGGGAUUCGAGGGUCCCAAACAAAACAGCUGCGAACGAAGACAUCCCAAGUCCAUUCUUGGAGUUUUCCGGGCUCCAAAUUGCGUUUCAAAAACAAGGACUGUCUGUCAAGGACCUCAUUGCCCUUUCAGGUGCUCAUACAAUCGGUCAAGCACAAUGCUUCACAUUUAGAAAUCGCAUCUACCAGGAAUCGAACAUCGACCCUGUUUUUGCCCAAUCUCUUCAGGCAACGUGCCCUCGAGACGAUGGCGUUGGCAGUAGCAACCUUUCUCCUUUCGACAUUGUUAACUCAAAUGUAUUUGACAAUAACUACUUCAAAGAUCUAGUGGCAUCGAAGGGCCUUCUACACUCAGAUCAGGCACUACUUAACGGUAGGGAUGCUACGUUUACUCAAGAUCAGGUUGCUCUCUACAGCAAUGAUCAAACUGGCUUUUUUACUGAUUUUCAAGUUUCUAUGGUGAACAUGGGAAACAUAAAGCCUCUUACUGGGACGGACGGAGAGAUUCGGAAAGAUUACAGGAAACCAAACUAA